GGUUAUUACCCUGAAAUGUCCAGAAGAAUCCACCUAAGCAAUUGGGUUGAUAAGAUUAAUACUCUAGUCAGACGAGGGCAAAGUCGUGAUGGUCUACUUCUGUUCUACAAACUCCACAAGUCAGGAGAUUGGAUAACUGGGUAUCUUCUCUCAGCUGUUCUCAAGUGCUGCACAGAACUUGAGGUCGCUGAAGAAGGCAAGCAAGCUCAUUGUGCAAUCCUGAAACAUGGGUUCCAUCAAGAUGUCGUCCUAAUGACGUCCCUCGUUGGUAUGUACUCUAAGUGCAUUAGCAUUGAAGAAGCACGCCGUGUCUUCCAUGAAAUGCCUGAGACAGAUGUGGUUGCAACAAACAGCUUGAUCACUGGUUUGUGCCGACACCACUUAACAUCGGAUGCAGUCCAAUUGUUCGAAAGUAUGUCUGAGAGGGAUGUAGGAUCAUGGAAUUGUUUGAUUUCGGGCCUUGCCCAAAAUUUCGAGGGUGAGAAAGCUCUUUCUUUCUUCAGAAAAAUGAGGUCAGAGGGAAAGGAAAUUGAUUUUACGACCAUGGUUAGUGUCCUUUCAGUUUGUGCCGAUCUGGCAGCCUUGGUUAACGGUAAACAGAUCCAUGGCUUGGUAAUUAAAUAUGGAUUUGAGCCAUAUCUUCCAAUUGGGAAUGCUAUGGUUGACAUGUAUGGUAAAAGUGGUUGCAUGGACGAUGCAUGUGUUUGUUUUGAUAAUAUGCCAGCCAAGAAUGUAGUUUCCUGGACUUCUCUCAUGGUGGGUUAUGGGAAGCAUGGCUUGGGGUUGGAAGCUCUCAAGGCAUUUGAUCGAAUGGAAAUGGAGGGAAUCCUCCCUAACAAAGUAACUUUCUUGGGUAUCCUAUUUGCAUGCAGUCACGCUGGACUAGUGCGGGAAGGAUGGAGGAGCUUCAACACCAUGGUCUGCAAAUACACUAUUCAACCCAUGAUGGAGCACUAUACAUGCGUGGUGGAUCUUUUUGCAAGGGCUGGGCACCUCAAAGAGGCCAAUGAUUUCAUAGAGAGAAUGCCAAUCGAACCAGAUGCAAAGCUUUUGACUGCAUUUCUGAGAUCAUGUUUCUCCUUCAUGAAUGUAGAGCUAACAAAGAGAAUUGGGCAAAGAGUACUCGAAUUGAAGCCUGAAGCGGGAGCUUAUAUGUUGUUAUCUAACUUCUAUGGUGUGAUUGGAGACUUGGAUGGGAUUGUAAAGGUUAGAAAAUUGAUGAUGGAUAGAGGGGUAAGGAAAGAAAAGGCAUAUACAUGGAUUGAGAUCAAUAGAAGGGUCCAUGCUUUUGAGUCAGGAGAUAGAUCCCAUCCCCUCCAUGAAGAGAUCAGUAACUAUAUGAAGAAUCUCAUUGCGAAGUUAAAAAUUUAUGGAUAUGUACCAAACACAAACAUGGUGGUGCAAAAUCUGGAUGAGCACAAAAAGGAAGAGAUACUUCUCGGUCACAGUGAGAAGCUUGCAAUUGGAUUAGGACUCAUCAGCACUCCAGCAGGGACCCGAAUUACAAUAGUCAAGAACCUGCGAGUAUGUAAUGACUGCCAUGAUUUGACAAAGUUAAUUUCAAGGAUUGAAGAAAGGGAAAUUGUAGCAAGGGACUCCAGCAGAUUUCACCAUUUCAAGCAAGGGGAAUGUUCUUGUGGUAACCAUUGGUGAGUGCAUAAAUAAGUUAAUGAUUACGAUCAUGCUGUACAAGUAUGCGUUU